AUGCCGUGGCCAGCAUGGCACCAGAGAGUUUCGCUACUCCUCAUCCUGAUACGGGAUGCUGCAGGGGCGGCGAGGCAAUGCCUACCAAAUCCUGUUGAAGAGCGCUUCAGGAAGAAUGUCACGGUGGAUGGCAUCUCCAGGCCUAUCGGCAUCUGGGUGAACGGCUGGGAUUCCGCCGAGGUGGUCAGCGAGCUCUAUGGCAUUCUGGUCAGCGAGCUGAUGGGAUACAACGUAGAGCUCAGCGAGGGCAGCAAUGGCCGAACGCAGGUGCAGCGUCUCGCCGGCUGUUAUGGUGCUCCAGAGGAUGGCUGCGGGCCUCCCAGGAAGUAUCACAUAGGGCUGGAGAGUUGGUUUGCGCAAACCGCAUACGGGCAGGAAUACCUGAAGGAACUGCGGGAGAACGCGCCAACGAUCGUCAACACCCUUCCCUACAUUGGCAACAGCGGCAUGUUCAUCCUGGACAGUCCUCGACGCCAAGCUCUGGAAGCAGAGGGCAUGGCAUUGGAGUACUACCGCUUCUACGAUGCAGAUUGGUACCGCCCGCAGAAAUACACCUCCCAGGUGUAUGAGAUCGACUUAGAUCGUCUCAAAACCUGCGGAGUCAGCAUCCUGAGUCUAUACCCCGACAUUGCAGAUAUAUAUCUUGCGGCGACGGGAGACCACGAUGGUGUCCUGGACGUGAACGGCACGAAGGAGUUGAAGUGCUACCUGGGCAAGUGGUUUGCGUCUCCAGCUUGCCGGGCGCAGCCUCAAAACUGCACGGCCUUGAUCACCGGCGGCGAUGGUUGGGGUACCCUUCACCUGACGCAGCAGAUCUCGUUUCACAACAUGCCUGUGGCAAUCGCGACAGCUGUCAGCCGUGACGAUUGGAGAAUCUUGAACCAGGAGUUCCCGAGUUUGGUCUACUGGUGGAAGCCCGACACCACCUUCGUCCUGCAGUCUCCGGCGUAUGUCAUUCUGCCGCUCCACAAUCAGUCCGAGUACGCGCGCUUGAACUACCGAUCGCAGCGAAAGCACACCUGGCUGGUGAAUUUGGCAGCCCCCGGUUUCGCAGAAGUCGCUCCGCUUCCCGUUUCACUGGUCCGGAAUAUGCAGAUCACGGAAGCUGACAUUUCCAAGCUCUUGGCACUGCACGUGCAACAAGACGGCACGCCGGAUGCGUGGACUAGUGCCUGCACCUGGCUACUGCAGGAGACCAAGUGGACAUCUUGGAUCCCGUCCGUCACAGAUUGCUUUCCCGGCAGCGGUUUGGUUGAUGCCGCUGGCAACUGGGUGGCGGACACGACGCUAGCAGUCGGAUGCCAGCCUUGCCCCACAGGCGCGUUCUCCAAGGGCUUGGCUGGCACGCGCACGCGUGCUUGCCAGCUUUGCCCAGCAGGGAGCAAUCAGCAUUUGGUGGGACAGUCUGCGUGCACGCCAUGUGCGCCCGGGUCCGUGGCUCCAGAGCCUGGCCUCACCGAAUGUGAGCUUUGUGGCCUGGGCAAGUAUGCGAAUGAGAGUGGGAUGACGGCCUGCCAUGCAUGUGGCGACCAGGAGCAAGCGUCCUUGUGGACCACAAGGCUGCAACUGGGGGCCUCCCGCUCGGUGCUGAAGGAUGGGGCGUCCUCAGCGGCAGAGUGCAGCUGCGCUGAUGGGGCUUUCCUCACGCAUGGGCGAUGUGCAGUCUGCACCAGCGGUGCUAUCUGCAAGGGCGGGGGAAACUUGACUUUGCAUCCAGGUUAUUUCUCUGCGGUCGAGGAGCCGAACUUCAUCUACCGCUGCUUCGGAAGUCUGGCGGCGGCCUGCCCGGGCGGGCAGCCGGGCAUUUGCGCCGAGGGAAGGGAUCCCAGCAGUGUGGCAUGCAGCCACUGCCUGCCGGGCUUCCGCUCAAAGGAUUCUACCUGCACUGCUUGCGGCGCCGGAGAUGCAGUCUUCGCAGUCUUCGUGUCCUUGUCCUUUGUCUGCCUCGUGGUCUUCAUGUACCUGAUCUGGGUGCGGCGGAGCCACAGGACGGGGUACUCGGGACACGUCUUGAUCACAGCUCUCGCCCUCGGGCAGAUGGUCACUGCCUUCCAGCAGCUGUUGGUCAUCCAGCAGUUUGAGAUUGUUUGGGCCGAGCCUUUCCGCGGUCUUAUGGAGGCGGUGGACUUCAUCAGCUUGAACUUGCAGAUUGUGUCGGUUGAGUGCUUCGCACCACAAGGGGAGCUCAUGCGGUAUGUGCUCCAGACACUGCUUGUUCCCGCGGUCGCAGUGGUGCUGGGCAUCGUCCAUGUCAUCUACAUCCUGUCGAUACGCUCUUCAAGCGCACACCCGGAACUGCUGGUGGGAGCUUUUGGCUCCAUCCUCUUGACGUUUUUCAUUACGCUUUGCUCUAACAUUCUGGCGCCCUUCCGAUGCCACCUGCAUCCGAACGGUAUGCAGACUGUGCAGGACUACCCCGGCGCCUUUUGUAGCGGGGAAGGCGCACACUCUUGGAUGGUGAUCGUUGGGCUUGCCACGUGCACCAUGCCCGUUGGAUUCUUCUCGGUGUGCUGUGUGGUCAUGAUGCAACUCCCCAAGCGCCUGAUGCUGGCAGACGUGAAGUUCAUACGCAACACAUCCUUCCUCCUGAUUCGUUAUCGCCCUGGUGCUGAACGAUUCGCAAUCCUGCACUUGGCGCGGAAUGCGCUGAUGGUCCUUUGUCCCUUGCUGAGUUCGCCCUCAGGACGAAUCCUCAGCAUGAAUGGGCUGGUAUUGCUCAGCCUGAUCGCAACUGCUGCCGUCAGACCUUGGCGCAUGCCUGAGUGCAACUACCUCGAGCUGUUGGUCCUCGCUGGGAUGCUGGUUAUCCUCGACGCAGGGUCCCUGUACAUGAAGGAGGUCGACAAUGAGGUGGUCACCGCGAUCUGCAUGACAUGUAUGUGGAUCAUGAGCCUGUCGGGUCUGGUCGGUUCACUUGCCUACGGAGUCGGCAAGCAUCUCCAGCUCAAGUACCACAAGCGCUUUCAGUUCUUCCUGUGCCAUCACAAGAAAUCUUCCGGCGCCUUCGCGCGGCUCUUGAAGAUGAACCUGGCUCAGAAAGACAUGGAGGGUGGCGACGUGUUCAUUGAUUGCGACGAUCUGACAGAUUUGACAAGGCUGUUCGGGUAUGUGGCGCACGAGACCAGCACCUUUGUCAUUCUGGGCAGCCCGCACGUGCUCACGCGCAAGUGGUGCAUCGGAGAGAUGGCAACUGCUCGGAUGCACGGCGUUGAGUCGGUGCUCUUGGCAUACCCGGGGUUCGUCAAGCCGAGCGAGCAGAUGAUUGCUAGCUACUUCGACUUGGUUUUGGACAUUUCCGAGCUGUCCAAUUACAACAUUGGCUUUGACGAUGUCCGGGAAACUUUGCGCUGGAUCAAUUCUGUCAUGUCCCUGGAACUGGACCCGGUGCUGAACACCGACACCGUCGCUCAUGUGGUCAGGAGGCUCCGCGGAACAGAUGCGUCCCGCUUGUCGUCCAUUGGCUCGGACAGAAACUAUGGCAAUGAAGAUUGCCACAUCGUAUCGGACAUAUCCAACCUGGAGUCCACGGCUGCUGCUUUUGUUCUCUUCGGAUAUGUCUCCAGGAAGUUGCUGAUGGACGACAGCCAUUUCACACUGUCUGUGCUGCUGCCGGGCAAACACGUCUCGCGCACGGCAAAGUGUGCCCUACUCCUGUGCACGGUCGACUGCUUCCGCUCGCUACAGUUCGCCGAGUGGCUGAUCGAGGUGCAAGAACUCUCCAACUGCACAGAGUUGCCAAUCGUGGCGGACGACUUCAUGCCACCUCCGCCGGCGUUUUGGGAGCAGAUCACGGUCGACCCCUCUUGGAGCAGGACCAUCCGUGUCCCGACCUACAUGAGAAUCCUCAAGGCUGUGUUCAAGGAGAUCCCCGUCACUUUCUCGGCCCAGAACUACUCUGCAGAUGCCUUUUGCACCGACAGUUGUGUUUGGAGAGAACGGCUUCAGAAAUUUGUUUCAGAUGGCCCUGCGGGGGCGGACCUCCUCACCCACCGGUAG